GGGCGGACCGGCAGAGGCGGAGCGACCGAUGGGGGCAACAGGACCAAAGCAAGCCGAGAAGCCUCCAUUCUUCCAAUCCUCCAUCUGUGGCCGAGGCGGUGCCCUAUUUAGCGGAGAUUUCCACGCUCCGAGAAGCGCGAGGGAGCCGCUCCUCAGCCUCUUCUAGAACAAUCAUCAGCGUCUGAUGGUCUCCUCGCAGUUUUUCUCCCCGGGAAUGCUCCUCUCAAGCGACACGCCGCAUCGACUCUCCGCCGUCGCCCGCCCGUCUUCCUGCCGCUCCAGGCCUUCCAGGUGGCCGAGAUUCUCGCCUCCCGCUUCCUCUACCAAAGCUUCUUGGGCUGAUCUGAGUGGAAGCUCAAAUGACGGCGUCGGAGGCUGGUUCCUCCCUAGACGCCGAACGAUCGAGGAAAUGAAAUAUGCGGGGCCGAGACUUCACUUCGUAACCCUUGGGGCUUCUGCAGCGAUUUUUUGGGCCGCGCUCACGUAUUUCUGUCAGUUAAAGAAAGGCUUUAAGUUUUGCUUUACUAUUCCACCAAAUGUGAUUCAAGAGAAGUUGAUGCCAUUAACGUCUGAAAAACAUCCAGAAGGGGAUGUUGCAUCCUCCAAAUCUAAUGUUGAUCAGAUUUCAGAGUCCAAGGUUGAGGAAGAAGAGUUGAAUGGGAAUGCUUUAGCAGAACCUGGAGGGAGAAAAGAAGUUGCUAUUCCAGUUGCACCCGACAUCAUUCAACAGGAAGCUGUAUCUGUCUUGAUAAAGCUGAAGAUUAUGGAAGAUGAUGUCAUUGCUGAGGAAUUGUGUACCAGGAGCGAAUAUGCAAGAUGGUUUGUCAAAAUCAAUUGUUUAGAAAGGAACCCAAAAUACAAGAUACUCUCAAAGCCUGUGAUUGUUGGUCCAGUCAUUACAUUCUUUGACGAUGUGAAUCCUGACAACCCUGAUUUUUGGUACAUUCAGUCACUUGCAGAAGUCGGCAUAGUCCUCAGCAAACUCUCUGCUUUGACCUCUACUAGCACAUUGGACAAUGGUGUUAGCGGCCAAAAAAAUUUUCAAUUUUUACCACAAAGUUUCCUAUCACGAUUUGAUCUUCUAAACUGGAAAGCUCUCUUAGAAUAUUCACUCCCCUCUAAAUUUGAUGAGGAGAUGUUAAGAAAUGAAGUGAACAUUCUUGAUAUUACCACCGAUAGAGAUGUAUCACCACAUAUAUUGGUAGAUCUGAUGGCCGGUGACAACAGCAUAACAAGAAGAACUUUUGGUAACAUUAGACGACUUCAACCAUGCAAACCUGUGACCAAAGCACAAGCAGCAGUAGUAUUGACUAGUGGCAGAAUGGCAGAGGCAAUUCAACAUGAAAUAUCAAGACUCGAGGCUGAAAAGAUGUCUAGGCUACAUGACGAGGAGGAAAUCAAAUCUGAGUUGAUACAAAAAGGUGAUAUACAGAGGUUUUGGCAGGGGGAGUUAGAAAAAGAACAGGAUCGAUUUUUAGUGGUCGAAAAGGAACUCAAAGUUGCAUUGCUCAGUCUGGAGAAUGAGAAAAAAGCUCUAAAUGACAGUCUAAUUGACUAUGUAAAAGAGAAAGGAGCACUCUCCUGUCGUGAAAAACUGCAAAAAUGUCUGAAAGAGGAAGUUGAUCAAAUGUAUGAUAAUCUCUCAAGUGAGAGAGCUGAUCUUUUAUCUGAGCAGCAAAAUUUGGAAAGAUACUCUGCUGAACUAUGUGCAAAGCAGGAUGCAGUUGUUGAAGCUAAAUCAAUCUUGGAAGCCGAAAAAGAAGCUAUCAGGAUUGUUAGGUCUUGGGUGGAGGAAGAAGCAAUGCAAAUGCGGAGUAGAGCUGAUGUCCUCGAACAAGCUGUACUGAGAUGGCGAUACAACAGCGGGUCUGGGCAUUCGCAGAAUUUUUCAUCCAACAGCGAGUGCUCAGAUUGAAAUUAAUGUGGGAGACAGGCAUCAAUAUCAUAGCUUGUAUUCGCCUUCUUUUUGUUGUAUAUUUGGUGCCUUAGUUGAUAAUGGUUCCUCCAUCCAUCGAGAGUUUUUGUUUAAGUAUGGCAAAACCUGGUCGGCAAAUUGUUAUUAGGAUAUCUUGUCUUGUGGUACUCCUCAUAGCUUAAGUUGGAGCUAGUUUCUUCAAGCUUGAUGUCGAAGGUUCCCCUGGGUUAUGGAAGAAUAAUGCAUCGCAUUGCUCUUGUUUACAUGGUCUUACUGUAUUAAGUAUACAAAUUUGUAACAACAAAUCAAUCAUUUGACGUAUAUCAGUUAUCUUGCUCAUUUCUUUUUAA